AAUUCAUGAUUCUUCAAAGCAAAAGUGAUUCAUGACGGUCGCGACUCGACUGCUGAACCUGUUUCUUUAAACUUUCCUUUCGAAUUAAACGUACUUUCAUUUUUUCUUUAUUCAGUCAAUUAGUGACACUAGUGAAAAAAAUGUAAAUAGUGCUGGAAGUUUUAACCUUAAAAAAGAAGCAAGUUUUGAACGAGUAGCAUCAGGAUUUUGACAAAGUGCGGCAACGAUUGUUUGUUAUGAUUUCCUUAAAAGUGAUCUGCACAUGAGCGAAUUCGUCGAGUUAGUUAUUUAUUUCUGUCGUAAAAUAGAUAGAAAAGCACUGAUGAAUUCGUAAAAAUAGCCUCGGAUUUUCAAACCAACAAGAUUGGUUUUUGAACCGUCGAAGAGAUCGAACCUGGGGCGAAUUUUCGCUCAAAGGGUCGAGUGCAGUAUGCUCAGGGUAUGCGAAUUGAUAAUAUUAUGGCUGCAGGAGAGGCAAACGUGCCAAAGCCUCGCCAGGAAAAGCAGUAUGACUACCUGCUGAAAUUUCUCCUGGUGGGAGACAGCGAUGUUGGCAAACAGGAAAUCCUCAGUGGUCUCGAUGAUGGAGCAGCCGAAUCUCCGUUCUGCAGUGGCAGUGGAAUCAACGACUUUGUUGCAGCCUACAAAACGACCACAAUUUUACUGGACGGAAAGAGGGUGAAAUUACAAUUGUGGGAUACCUCGGGUCAAGGAAGGUUUUGUACAAUUAUUAGAUCAUAUUCUCGUGGAGCUCAGGGGAUACUUUUAGUUUAUGAUAUUACUAACAAAUGGUCUUUCGACGGGAUCGACAGAUGGCUCAAAGAAGUAGAAGAGCAUGCACCAGGUGUGCCAAAGGUAUUAGUAGGCAACCGUCUUCAUUUGGCUUUCAAGAGACAAGUGUGGGAGAGAGAUGCGGAAAUUUAUGCUGCUAAAAAUCGUAUGGCUUUCUUCGAAGUUUCGCCCCUCUGCGACUUCAAUAUCAGGGAGAGUUUUUCGGAAUUGUCACGAAUGGCACUCCACCGUAACGGCAUGGAGAGAUUAUGGAGAUCUAAUAAAGUUCUGAGCCUUCAAGAGCUUGCCUGUCGAGCCAUCGUGGCCCGAACAACGGUCUAUGGUAUCGAUCAACUACCUUUACCCUCAUCGAUCAAGUCUCAUUUGAAGUCUUACGCGAUGACGACCACCUCUCAGCCUCGAUAUAACGGAAACCGACCCAUGUGUCCUCGUGCGAGUUUAAGUUCACAUCACCGGAGACUCAGAUUUGUUAAAACAAAUUACAAUGGUUUGUCGACUCCGGGUAGUUCGCCCGGAAGCAUAACCGACUCGCGUACAAAUUGCGUUGGACGCAACUCGUGCUCGAUAUCCUGAGGGUAAAAUCAAACCGAUCUUUCAUACAAAACCAGGUGAUCGAACCAUUCUCUCUAUGCAGCGUCGUUUUUCUUCAAACCUUACAGGAAUAUGACAUACGCUAAGUUUUGCUUUUCAUUAAUAGAACACGCCACAAACGAAUUUCUUGUGAUCUGCACGAUUUUUUGUGUAUCUUUUUUGUUUACAGACAGUACUUAUUUAUGCAAAUUUAUCUUUAUUAAAUUAAUCAAAGUUGAUAUCGAAAAUUAAGGAUAUUUUCUGAAUUGGCCAGUCUUUCUCUCUAACGAUUGUGGAAACAAUUUAUCUUGUUGAUUAAAAUCAAUGCAGUUUAUUACAGUUUACAAAAAAAAUGUCAUGUUCUUGUAACGUCGUUUUUUCUCAACCUUAGGACAAAGAUUUGUGGAUCUUCAUUGAUUAUCCAUUACCAAAAUUGUUAUCUAAUGAUAAGUAAAGUGUUAACUACGUAGAGCGAGUUAAUUUUUGACGAGUACUUUAUCGCCUUUGGUGUAAAGUCUUCGUUAUCGGUCCGAAAUCAAUUUACGCUAUAAAAAAAAGAGUGCAAUCUUUUACUCAACCGUCCUAAUUCCGUUAAAAAUAAAAGUUCGAACACAGCAGCUUAUCUCCGAUUUUUUCGGAGGCUCAUAGUCAAAUCGCUUAGAAUGCUUAGGUUGCAAAAUUCAGACAUGUGAAUACGAAGAUGAUUUGUUUGUUUUUUAUUUAUUUGUUUUUUUUUCUCUCUUUCUAGAAGACGUUGAUUUUAGUGACACUGGCGAACGUUCAAGUUUCGUAGAAGCUUUUAAUAUCGAUGUUUGAUCUUUGGACGUAAGACGAAACCUAUUUUUGUAUAUCUUGUAAAAAGUAACUUAAUUAUUUUACUGCCAAUUACGAUUCAGCCUUCUCUCAGUGUGCUAGAUCGGAGAGCUCUCGGAGAAAGUAAUUGCUUUCUGUAGACAGUAGUAACUUGAUUUUUUUCAAAAGGAAAACCGUGCACACGUUACAUAACAAAUCUUACAUUACAGAUUUAAGAGCAAAAGAUCUGUAUAAUAACAUCAAAAUAUACUUGUAAUAUUUAUUUACAAUAAUAAUAAUAAUACAUAAUUCAAAUAAUAAUAAUAAUUGCCAGAUUUCGAAAAAGC